AUGGAUUUUGUCACGGGACUGCCAAAAUCUCAGAGAGGAAAUACUGCGAUUUGGGUGAUAGUCGAUCGUCUCACUAAGAGCGCUCACUUUAUACCAAUCCCUAUCACGUACGAAUCAGAGAAGUUAGCCCAGUUAUACAUGAAGGGAAUCAUUCGCCUGCACGACAUACCGGCAACGAUCACGUCAGAUAGAGAUGCCAAAUUCACAUCCCGAUUUUGGCAAAGCUUACGGAAAGAGCUGGGGACGCAAUUGAAUUUUAGCACGGCAUUUCACCCACAGACCGACGGACAGUCCGAGAGGAAAAUUCACACACUCGAGGACAUGCUGAGAGCAGUAGUGCUUGAUAGAGGAAGCGAUUGGGAACAACUUAGGAAAUACAUGUUUGAUCCGAAGCACGUGAUUCAUCAGGAAGAGAUGAUAUUAAACCCGGAUCUGAGCUAUGAGGAAAAGCCGAAAGCGAUUCUGGACAGAAAGAAAUUAAUGCAAUUUACUCCUUCUUCUCCAUUUUAUUUUCCUGCUCAAGGUUCCAUACAAGUAGGUGCAAUUCCGGUCGUUGUUCAGUUCAUCGACGACCCCGAUUCCGCACCAAGUGGUAUCAGCCUUUCCGAUCCGAUUCCUGUGGCGAUGGACACUCGCUCCGGUGAUAUGCGGCGGUUGGAGGAGUCAGUCAAGGCUACCAUAGCUGAGCUCUCUGCUUAUUCGGAGCGACGCUGUGAUGAAUCUGAGGAGGCGCGCGACCUCUCCAUGAAGGAAUUCAGAGAGGAGCUUCUAGCUCUCCAACUGCAACAAAAUGAAUUGAUACCUCGCCUGAUUCCACCACCGGAGGGAGCUCCUAAUGCUCAGUUUGCAGGGGGCGUUCAGCAUCGACAACAAUAUUUUGCUACUCGCCAAUCUAAGGUUGGUUUUUCGAUCUUCAACGGAGAGGACUUAACUGGAUGGAUUCUCCGUUGCGAUCACUUCUUCGCGGUGGAUCUGACACCGGAAGAAUCGAAGGUGCGUUUGGCAGUGAUUAAUUUUGAAGGCCGCGCGCUUCAAUGGUUUCAAAAUUGGGCAAAAUAUCAAGAUCGAGCAAUGACUACACCGUGGCCAACGUUUCUGCGAGCUUUGGAAGGUCGAUUUGGAAAUCAGCUCCUCGGAGAUCCAAUGACCGAGCUCCUAGCACUCAAACAAACAGGUGCGUUUGCUAACUACCAUGACCAAUUUGAACUGCUACUUAGUCGUGUUUCAUUUUCUGAGUCUUAUGCUAUUAGCCAUUUUAUCAAUGGAUUGAAACCGCAUGUGCAAAAGGUUGUCAGAAUGUUCAUGCCACAAACACUAGUCCAUGCCUAUGCUCUAGCUAGACUUCAGGAUCAGUCGACUAAUGCUACAGAUGUUAUGCCUCACAAUUCUAAGAGGUUUACUACCACUGAUGCUAGAUCUACAUCAUAUUCAACACCACUAUUACCCACGCCUACUAUGCCUGCUGUAAAAACUAGACGCUUAUUAACCGAAGAAGAAAUGGCUGAAAAAAGAGCAAAAGGCUUAUGUUAUGGCUGUGAUGAGAAAUUUGAAAGAGGACAUCGUUGUGCUAGGAAACAAUUGUACUUAUUGGAAAUAGAUGAUGGUGUGAGAGAUUCAUCUAUUGAGGCUGAGAUUCAGGAUGAGGAGAUAAAUGAUGAUGAGAAUCCUCUGAUCUCAAUACAUGCUAUAAACGGCUCUCCUUCAAGAGGCUUUCGCACCAUGCGAGUUACUGGCCGUGUUGGAAAGAAAGCUAUUCACAUUCUUAUUGAUUCUGGAAGUACGCAUAAUUUUCUUGAUUUGCUUUUGGCAAAGAAACUGGGACUUCAACUGACUCAAGUAAAUCCAGUGAUGGUUGAUGUUGCUGAUGGAAACCGAUUGGAGUGUAAAUCAAUGUGUAAAGGUAUGCAUUGGUUAUUAAGAGGUACUCCAUUUGUAACUGAUGUUCUUCUUCUGCCUCUGGGAAGUUGUGACAUGGUGUUGGGAAUACAAUGGUUGGAGACAUUAGGGGUUAUCCAAUGGGACUUCAAAAAUCUAACUAUGGAUUUUACACUAAAUGGUCGAAGACACUUAGUCAGAGGAGGUCACAAUGAGCUGCAAGUACACAAGGUUUCUGAAAAGGAGAUGAGCAAACUCUUGACUCAUACUGAGGGGAUACAAGUGACUGAUGAAGGGUCUACAACAUUACUUUCUGUAGAACAAUCAGAGGAAGCUGAAGUCUCAAUUCCCUCCAGUAUUCAACAGCUUCUGGAAGAACAGAAAAAUAUAUUUGUUGAGCCGUCUUCUCUGCCUCCUUUGAGAUCUCACAAUCAUAAAAUCACCUUGAUCCCAGGCUCUUCACCAGUAAACUCUAGACCCUACAGACACUCAGCCAUACAGAAAAGUAUUAUUGAAAAACAAGUGGCUGAUCUCUUGAAGCAAGGCUUUAUUCAACCAAGUUCAAGCCCGUUUUCUUCUCAUGUGGUUUUAAUGAAGAAAAAGGAUGGAACAUGGCGCAUGUGUGUGGAUUACAAACAAUUGAAUAAGAUGACAAUUAAAGAUAAAUACCCUAUACCUCUUAUUGAUGAACUCUUGGAAGAAUUGAAGGGAGCCAAGGUUUUCUCCAAAAUUGACUUAAGAGCAGGUUACCACCAGAUCAGAAUGGAGGCCGAAGACAUUCCUAAAACCGCUUUUCGUACUCAUGAUGGUCACUAUGAAUUUGCAGUGAUGCCUUUCGGACUAACCAAUGCACCAGCCACGUUUCAGAGUCUAAUGAAGUUCGUGCUUGUUUUCUUUGAUGAUAUCCUGAUAUAUAGCAAGGAUGUGGAGGCUCAUUUGGAUCACUUAAACAAGGUUGAAUAUCUAGGCCACAUUAUUUCUAAAGAUGGUGUAGCUACUGAUCCUAAGAAGAUUCAGGCUAUGAAAGAUUGGCCAACCCCUACUGAUGUGUCCAAACUUCGAGGCUUUCUUGGACUCACACGUUAUUACAGAAAAUUUAUCAAAGGAUAUGGCAUAAUAUGCAGACCUCUCACUGAUCUACUUAAGAAGGAUGCUUUUUCUUGGGAUGCUACUACUGAUGCAGCUUUUGCAGCACUUAACGAAGCUAUGCUUUCUCCUCCUGUGUUAGCAUUACCUGAUAUCUCUUUACCCUUUGUCAUAGAGACCGAUGCUUCAAGUUAUGGAAUUGGUGCUGUUUUAAUGCAAAACAACCGCCCCAUUGCUUUCAUUAGCAAGACACUGUCACCAAAGAAUAGGGCUCUGUCAGUUUAUGACAAGGAAUUAUUGGCUAUUGUCUUUGCAGUGACACAUUGGUGCCACUACCUGAGCACUAAACCGUUUGAAGUAAGAACAGAUCACAAGACUCUGAGUCACUUAUUGAAACAGAAGUUAUCCACCCCUGCUCAGCUUAGCUGGCUUUCUAAGCUAAUGGCUUUUGAUUUUGAGAUUACAUACAAAAAGGGAGUUGAGAAUCUAGUGGCUGAUGCACUCUCUCGUGUGCAUUCUUCUGAGAUUUUCUGCAUGGCCCUCACAACUAUCUCCACAUAUAUAUACCCUAUGAUUCAAGCGACAUGGGAAACUGAUACUCAACUGAAAACCCUGAUAACUGACCUACAGCAGAACCCUGAUGCCAACUCUAAAUUUUCUUGGAUUGGCAACCAACUAUGA